AUUUUAGUAUCAAUCCGGAAAUCCCCGUUUGACUUGUAAAGUCAUGUUCCAGAGAAGAAGAAUAUUAAGUUCUUAUUACAUCUAAAAUACUACAUCUGUUUAAGUUUAACUUAUCAAGUGACACUUACCUAUAGUAAGUUUUUUAAUAGGGGCGUUUAUUCAUUCAAGAUGACAACUUGUCAGCAUGGCAAUAGAAUAGAAAGAACAGACUUGCGAGAUUGAUAAACAAUAUAAUACAGAAUGAAUCAAAAUUCUAAUAAUGUUAAAAAGGUACCUCCUGAGCUGGUGGAGAGUUUUAUAGCUGGUACCAAGCAUCCUGUUAGUUCAUUAAUGGAAUAUUGUUCAAUUGUGAAGAAGCCUAUUUCUUUUCAUGAAGUUGCAGUGGAGUGUCCAUCUUUCUUAGCCAUGUUUGCUAAUAUGGUAAAAGUUGAUGGUAUAGAAUAUCCUCAAGGAACUGGCAAAACCAAAAAAGAUGCCAAAACAGAAGCUGCAAGAAAUGCCUUUUCAAUUAUAUUUGGAUUGGGCGAUCCUGUUGAUAUUGAAGAGGCUAAUAAUACAGUAAUGUAUGAUGCAACUGGACGCAAAUUAGUUAUUCCAUCAAGACUUGAAGCUCCUACACCUUUAUCUGUUGGCAUUCCUAGCUUAUCAAAACCUGGAAAUGAAAUAGCACCAAGACAAUCGCCAUCUGAUUCAGAUUCCUAUGAAUGUGGUAGAAAUGAAGUUAGUGAACUUCAUGAAUUCUGCACAAAACACAAAAUACCGUUCAAAAUCCAUGUCAGCGAUGUUGCAGGACCAUAUGGGUUUUCAGCAACUGUAGACGUACAGAAUCAACGUGUGACUGAAUAUGCUAUUAGUAAGAAGGAAUGUAAACGGAAAGCUUGUGAAAAAGCUCUGUUAGAUCUUAUGUCUGGACCAGAAUUUAGAGAGGUUAGAUCAACAGUAGAUCUACAUGCUUUAACAAUGCCCGAUCAGAUUGGUAGUUUGUCGUUUUUAAAAUUUGUAGAAGUACUUGAGCAGUGUCCAGAUAUAUUAGCUAUUCAUAAUACUGUAGCAGCCUUUGUAAUUAAACAUUCGGAAAAAGAUAUAGGUAAAGUUGUAGCACUGGGUACUGGUAACUGUUGUUUAUCAACAGAAAACAUCUCUACAGAUGGAAGGGUUUUAUUGGACAGUUCAGCAUUAACUAUAGCGAGAAGAUCACUUUUAAAAUAUUUUUAUACUGAGUUAAAAGAUUAUUGGGAAAAAUCUAAAGAAACUUCGAUCUUUACAGCUAGUAGUAAUUCUAAUCUAUUGAUUUUUAAACCUAAUAUAUCUGUACACUUAUUUAUAAGUCAUCCACCUGAUGGAGAUUAUGGUGAACAUAUGAAUGAGCCUAAUCCACCAUUAGAUCUGGGGCAAGCGGAACAGGCCAACUAUGGUGCUCAUUUCCCGGUGUUUAAUAAAGAUUCACAUGGUUUCUUAUGCACUAAAAAUGAAGAUGGUGUAGUGAGUUUUGCUACAGAAGCUCAAGCUGCCAGUCAGACAAUGGAUUUAUAUAAAGGAGCAGGAGGUACAGCAGAAGAUAUGUUAAUAAUGUCCGGAAGCGAUAAACUUUUGGCCUGGAAUAUUCUUGGAAUACAGGGUGCAAUUUUUAGUCAUUAUAUUGAACCAGUGUAUAUUAACUCAAUAACCAUGGGAUCUGGUUUUGACCAUGGACAUCUGUCUCGAGCUGCAUGUUGCCGUGUGUAUGACAUCUUGGGUGAAAAGCUUCCCACAUUUUAUCGCAUUAAUCAUCCCAGAUUAUACAGUGUUACAGCGCCAUUAGAUCAUAUUUAUAGAAAUGGUAAACAUAUGACAUCACUCAGUAUUAACUGGUCAGCGGCAGAUGAGAAAUUAGAAGUUACAGAUGGUAUAACUGGAAAAACUACACCAUUAUCACCUUUUAAAUCUGGAAGAAUGAUGGCAAGCCGACUGUGUAAAGCUUCAUUUCUUUUCCGAUACAAAGACAUGGCUAAAUCAUCAUCUAAAGCUUAUUUAAAGGAAGUUCCAACAUAUGAGACAGCCAAACGUCAUUCAGUUUAUUAUCAACAAGCUAAGCAUGCCUUGCACCAACAUUCUAUUGAAGCGGGCAUUGGUGUAUGGGUUAAAAAACCCAUAGAGGUUGAAAGUUUUGACAAGUGAAUAAAAAAUUUUAUGAAGACUUACUCAACCCUUGUGCCAAAGGGUUAAGCAAAAAGAACGUUUGUGAUAAAUCAGUGUUUAAAACACUUGCACAUUUUUGUCAAACAAGUUUUGUGAAAAUUUUCAGAAUAACUGUGGAGUUCGUAAAUCUUGCAUCUAUUUAAACAGGGAGGUGGAAAUUCCUCCUCCUCAUUCUUCUUUGAAGACCAAUUCAACUUUUUAUAGGACGCUAUAUGGUAUACCGGUAAAUUUAAAUCACUUUAAAGAAAUGUUUAUCGUCAUAAAAUGGCAUGUCUGGUACCAAACAGUUAUUUAGCGAUAAUACAAAGGCCUUCCUAUACCACUGUAUAAGAUGAGAUGACUUUUAAGGUCACAUCCAGAAUACUUCUAUGUCUGACAUCAGAUCCUUGCAUGUUUCAAAAUAUGUACGAUUAGAUGGUAAAAAAUGCAUUUUUGAAAGAAUUCGGGCAAGCAAACUGUUAAAAAGUUAAUAUGGAGGCCUCAUCAUCUUGCCUGGAUUUCAUAGUAGCAGCCAAGCGAAUAUUUACUACGAAUCGGUUUGAUCUGGUAUUUUUAGAAUUGCAGUAUAAAAUCUUGAGUACUACAGUCCGCCACGUACGAAUUUAUGCUCUAUUGCCCCCAAAUCCUGCAUUUUUGCUAUAACUUGAAAAUUUUCAUCCUUUACAUCUAGUACUUUGAAAGUUAAAAUGGUAUAUGUUCAAUACCAUUAAAUGAAACAAUUUUCAAUUAUCUUUCCAACCAUGCCAAUAAAGUCAUUUUAUGAUAAUAAUAAACAUUUUCUUGAAUUGGUUUAAACAUUUACCAUUCAAAGACUGAAAAGUGGGAAUAAUAGAACCUUCUAAGGGGAAUGAGGCAUCCAAAUGGUUCUCAGAGAUUAUUAGAACACACUUUCAGUUGAUUUUUUGUUUUUGUGUUGUUUAUAUUUUACACCACAGUUGGAUCUUAUCAAAAUCUUAAAAAAACUCUGUGUGAAACUAACCUGAUUUGUCCCCCUUAAUUCGGCAUUGAAAAGAUGCACCAGUCAGACUUCUAAGAUAAUAGGUAAUAAUUAAAGAAAUAGCAUUUAUUGAUGUACAAAUUAAAGAUCUAAGUUUAAUUAGACCAAAAUGAAUACCUGUGUUUAAGGAUCUUGCAAAUUAGAAUGUGAUUAUCAUUACUAAACAGGAAAUUGAGCUGUGAGUAUUUCGCUUCGAAGUUCCAGCCACAUUAUUUACUGGAUUCCCUGAAAAAAACAUUAGUGUAUCGCCAACUAGUAUUUGCUUUCUUAUAUUCUCAAGUGAUGUUGUGCGCGCAGGGAGCGCUUGGUACGUGUUGAUGAGAAUAGAAUGGCUAGCGGUUGUGAGGAAAUCGAGAAACUUAAACAACAUAAAAGAAGUGGGCAGAGGAUACUGCCAGAAUUCGGUUAGGUUUUGAUAUUCAUGGUAAAUGGCUAAUUUUACUGCGGUUCAAGAAAAUUACAGGCUGAAAAUGGAUCCCCCCUUAGCAUGGCUAGUUUCUGCAAGAGCCAAGUCAUGUAACAAACACAGUUUUUACACUUUGCAUAUUUUCUUACGAUUAAAAUGUUUUGAGAGGUAAUUGAAGCCCACUUUUGAUAGAUAAUUUAGUUUGAAUAUGUUCUUAUUCCAAAUAUAUAAUCAAACUUUGUACAUGGGAAGACAUCUAUUCAGAUAAUAUACCAAAUUCUUUGAUAUAUUUCAGAGGAAAAUUUGUGAAUGGAAUACCUUUCAUUAUGUUUCAUUUUCAGUUAUUGUUCAAUUUUAUUUUAUUGUUAAAUAAAUUAUGAUUCAGAUGCAAUCAUGUAUUUGAUUCAUUUUCUUCAAAAUAAUAAUAUUAUACUGCUAGAUCUAGUUAAGAGUGUAGUUUGAAAUCCUGUUAAAUAAAUUAUGAUUCAGAUGCAAUCAUGUAUUUGAUUCAUUUACAUCAAAAUAAUAAUAUUAUACUGCUAGAUCUAGUUAAGAGUGUAGUUUGAAAUCCUGCUUGGAAUAUAUAGAGAAUCUCCUACCAGUCUUUUUUAAUAUCAAAAAAGACGAGUAGGAGAUUUUAUUUAUCACCCAAUCCCAUUUUACAUGCACAAAUAGAUCAAUAUAAUUCUUUGCUGUAGAUUUCACUUUUACUGAACAUUACGGCGUAGUGAUACAUCAUUUUUUGACAGCAAUUCAACCAUUGCAAAGUCAUUUAUAUUGACCCAGUGUUUCCAUCAAGGUCAAUUGAAUAACAAUAGUUCAUUUUUAAUAAAAAAAAAAUUACUUUUAAUAAGAAAUGAACUGUUUUUUUGAAAAUAAAAAAAAAAGUAGUUCCUUUUCAACUGACCAAUGAAAUAUAUAUCACACAAGCGAUAUCUACUGUAGAAUGUAUUAUUGGGUGAUAAACAAACAUCAAUCCAUAAAGGUCUUACCUUAUCAAAGAGAAAAAAAGGUAUUGAAAUAAAGAAUUUAAGAAAAACAAACUUUGUAUGUGACUAAUGUAGUAUCUAAAUUCAUUUAAGUAUAUUUCUUUUUAUGUUUCAUUUAUUUACUACUACAUAUAUAGUAGAUUAAAAACAUGCCUCCUAUUUUGGCCAUUGCCAUAUACCAUGUAUAAAGAUGCAAUUUUUGUUAUCAAUAAAACAGAUGUAUCCUAAAAAGAACAUCUAAAUUCUC